AUGGAGAGCGCACGGCUCCUUAAAAUAAUUUUAGUUUUAACUUUAUGUUUGGGACUAGAGGCCAAAGUGUAUACGCGAUGUCAAUUAACCCGUGAACUGCUGAAAAAUAACCUAUUUCCCAGGACUUUUUUAAGCAAUUGGGUAUGUCUGAUAGAGCAAACGAGUGACAGAAACACUUCAGCAUUUGUCGAGAAAUCUUUGAGACGAAAGUAUUAUGGAUUAUUCCAAAUAGGAAGUGAAUGGUGCAAGGAAGGCAAAAAAGGAGGGAAGUGUGACAUCACAUGUGAAUCUUUGCUUGACGAGGACAUAAAGGACGAUGCUCAGUGCGCACAGAGGGUAUUCGAUCUAGAAGGUUUUAAGUAUUGGCCGAAAUGGGAGGUGAGGUGCAAGGGCCAGCAGUUACCUGAUAUAGAGAAAUGUCCUGACUGGGUGUAUAUACCAAGUAGAGCUUCACCUCCGAGGGAUAAACGAACACUCCGAGGCAGAAGGGAACUCAGACGGGCCCGAAGACACCUCAAAAUGAAUUUACUUAUUUAG